CUCCAGAAGAUCCGAGCUGCUACAAAGCUCACCCUGUCAGUCAACCAGCUCUGUGACUCAUAAAGUAGGACCAUGAAAAGCUUAGUUCCUUGAGAAAAAGUAAGAUUUGAGUCCGUCGCAGGCAGUUCCAGGCAAAUUCACAGAAAAUACUUCACGAAAGAGGAAAUGACCAAAUACCUGAGAUUCAGACACUGCAGAGGAUUGGCCCUGCUGCUUGUGCUUCUAUGGACGCUAUGCAAGACUGGAUCCGGGCAGAUCCACUACUCAGUGCAAGAGGAGCUGGACAAAGGAUCUUUCGUGGGCAACAUCUCCAAGAACCUGGGACUGGAGCCCUGGGAGCUGGCGGAGCGUGGAGUUCGCAUCGUCUCCAGAGGUAGGACGCAGCUCUUUGCUCUGAACCUGCGGAGCGGCAGCUUGGUCACCGCAAGCAGGAUAGACCGGGAGGAGCUCUGCGCUCAGAGCGCUAUGUGUCUAGUAAAAUUUAACAUCCUGGUAGAAGACAAAUUGAACAUUUUUGAAGUAGAAAUAGAAAUUAAAGACAUUAAUGAUAAUGCUCCUGAUUUUCUAACAGAGGAAUUGGAAUUAAAAAUUGGUGAACUAACGGUUCCUGGAACUCGAUUUCCACUUAAGACUGCAUUUGACCCAGAUGUGGGCAUGAAUUCUCUUCAAAACUACCAUCUCGGCCCCAGUGACUACUUUUCUCUGACUGUGAAGCAUGUCUCUGAUGGGACCAAGUACCCAGAGCUAGUGUUGGAGAGGGCUCUGGACCGUGAACAAAAGAAAGUUCAUCAGCUUGUCCUCAUUGCUUCUGAUGGUGGCAACCCUGUCCGCUCUGGCAACUUGUACAUCCAAGUGAUAGUUUUGGAUGCAAAUGACAACCCACCAGUAUUUACUCAAUCUGAGUAUCAAUUAAGUGUUCAAGAGAACUUGCCAGUGGGUACCACGCUGCUCACAGUGAAUGCCACUGACCCUGAUGAAGGAUUUAAUGGUCAAGUGUCCUAUGUUCUAGAUAAAAUGCCUGGGAAAGUCGCUGAGAUUUUUUGUCUCAAUUCAGUGACUGGAGAUAUAUCAAUAUUAAAAAGCCUAGAUUAUGAGGAUGCUAUGUUCUAUGAAAUUAAAAUUGAAGCACAAGAUGGACCUGGUCUGCUUUCAAGAGCUAAGAUUUUAGUCACAGUUCUGGAUGUGAAUGACAAUGCCCCAGAAGUAACAAUCACAUCUCUUACUGGAUCAGUCCCAGAAGAGGCUACUGCUGGAAGAGAAAUUGCCCUUAUCAAUGUGCAUGACCGGGAUUCUGGGCAAAAUGGUCAAGUCACAGUUUUUGUCCUGGGAAAUGUGCCAUUUAAUUUAGAAAAAUCAAUAGAUCAUUAUUACCGCUUAGUGACAGCCAGAUCUCUAGACCGUGAACAGGUGUCUGAAUAUAACAUCACUCUGAGAGCCACAGAUGGAGGAAGUCCCCCACUGUCCACGAACAUUCAUAUCACUCUGCAUGUUGCAGACAUCAAUGACAAUCCACCAGCCUUCAGUCAGCCCUCCUAUUUAUCAUACAUUCCCGAAAACAACCCCAGGGGAGCUUCCAUCUUCUGUGUCACUGCCCAGGAUCCCGACAGCAUCCAGAACGCCCACAUCACUUAUGCACUGACUGAGGAUACCAUCCAGGGGGCGCCUCUGUCUACCUAUAUCUCCAUCAAUUCUGAAACCGGUGUCCUGUAUGCGCUUCGUUCCUUUGACUAUGAGAAGGUUAGAGACCUUCAGCUGUUGGUGACAGCCAGUGACAGUGGGAACCCACCCCUCAGCAGCAAUGUGUCACUGAGCAUAUUCGUGCUGGACCAGAACGACAAUGCCCCUGAAAUCCUCUACCCCACCCUCCCCACCGACGGUUCCACAGGCGUGGAGCUGGCGCCCCGAUCCGCAGAGCCAGGCUACCUGGUGACCAAGGUGGUGGCGGUGGACAGAGACGCUGGCCAGAACGCCUGGCUGUCCUACCGCCUGCUCAAGGCCAGCGAGCCAGGACUCUUCGCGGUGGGGCUGCACACGGGCGAGGUGCGCACAGCGCGGGCC